CCACCGUCGGAUCACUCAGUCCACAGAUCUAAAGUGACAGUGGAAGAUCCAAUGGUGGAUGGGCAAGAAUGAAGGUGAAUCCUUCUUUCGCGCGGAAGAUACAUAUUUUUUUUAUAUUUUGUGUUUUACAGCCGAUGUGGCUCCGAUUUUAUAGAAAAAAUAAAUAUUUUGAUUGCCAUCGAGGAUCCGUCGGCGAGGUGGGGUUAAAAAGGGGUGGGAAGCCCAGCGGGCCGUGAUGAGAAGAGAAGAGAGAGCCCCGUGAAGAGAAGAGAAGAGAAGAGUGAGCCCUCAGAUCCCUCCGCCUCCUCCCUCCGCACUCGCCGAGAGAUGGAGUACCGAAAAAUCAAAGAUCAGGAAAACUAUGAGGAUGCAUCUCAAAAUGAUAUAGAGAGUCUACAUGGGAAGCCUCUCUCUGGUGUGGUAACUAACAGCAUGCCUAGCUCUGUAGGUGGCUUGAACAACAAGUCUAGUUGGAAGCUAAAGUCAAUUGUUACGCUUGCAUUAACAUUGCUGACAAGUUCACAGGCAAUACUGAUUGUGUGGUCCAAAAGAGCUGGAAAGUAUGAAUACAGUGUGACAACAGCAAACUUUUCGGUGGAGGCUUUAAAAUGUGCAUUUUCUCUUGUAGCCCUUGCUAGAAUCUGGAAAAGUCAAGGUGUCACGGAAGACAACAAGUUAAGUACAUCUUUUGAUGAAGUUAGUGUUUAUCCUAUUCCCGCAAUACUUUACCUCAUUAAGAACUUACUACAGUAUUACAUCUUUGCAUAUGUGGAUGCCCCUGCUUACCAGAUAUUGAAGAACCUAAAUAUUAUCAGCACCGGUGUGUUAUACCGUAUCAUCCUAAAGAAGAAGUUAAGCGAAAUCCAGUGGGCAGCUUUUAUUCUUUUAUGUGCAGGGUGCACAACAGCUCAACUCAACCCUUCUUCUGAUCAUGUUCUUCAGACUCCUUUACAAGGUUGGGUGAUGGCCAUUGUCAUGGCACUUCUGAGUGGCUUUGCUGGGGUAUACACAGAGGCUAUUAUUAAAAAGCGUCCUUCAAGAAAUAUUAAUGUGCAGAACUUCUGGCUGUACAUCUUCGGUAUGGUUUUUAAUCUGAUUGCAAUUUGCAUUCAGGAUUAUGAUGAAGUCAUGAACAAAGGUUUCUUCCAUGGCUAUUCAUUUAUCACAGUUUGCAUGAUCUUCAAUCAUGCGCUCAGUGGCAUUGCUGUAUCAAUGGUUAUGAAGUAUGCCAACAACAUUGUUAAGGUCUAUUCAACUUCAGUGGCAAUGCUUCUGACAGCUGUUGUAUCAGUGUUUCUGUUUGGCUUCCAUCUUUCCCUUGCCUUCUUUCUUGGAUCUACGGUUGUUUCGAUCUCGAUAUAUCUACACUCUAUUGGGAAGCCACAAGCACAAAAAUGAGUUUUUUUGUGCAGAUCUUGGAGGUUGAACAGAACUCUUUCUACCUUAUCUUAAAUAUCCUUAUCUCGGUGGAACUGGGAUUGGUUUCAGAAGGCCAAACAGCAUUACAGAAGCUGUUGGUGCUAAUGGCAGUGUCAUCACAUGCAUAAAAUCGAAUCUAGACCUUCCUUCAUAUCAAUUCUUAAUUCAUCAAAGUAAUUGGUACAAGUGGUCGCGAAGAAAGCCAGAGUUAGGUCCUUGUAAUCUUGCAGUAAAUGCUGGUUCUUUUCAGGCUCUUGGCCAUUGAUGUUCCCCCGCUGGCUGAUGACAUUCAGAACCACUGGCUUGGAAUUUUAAUUAGACAAAGGAAGGCAAUGCUUACAUGGUGCGGUAUAUGGAUUCUUUGACUGCUGUAUCAUUGUCUCAAAAUUGACUGUACUCAGAAUGUAAUGAUGCACGUUCUUUUGGACCCCAA